AUAAUGCAAUUAAACAGUUCAUAGAAUUAAAUUAGCUAAAUGCUCAUUUCUACUACUAGUAUAUAAAGACCAUCUCUCGAUCGCCUCUCUACAAUCAGAACAUCUAGCUAGCUGUAAUUUAACAAAAUAAUACAAGGGAGAGAAAUGGAAUCGAGCCGCAAGCGAUUCGGGCUCACCAAAAGGAAGCUGGUGAAGUCUUUGUACCGAGCAGCAGCAGCACCUAAACCUUCUCCAGCGAUUCAAUAUGGGAGCAGUAGCAGUAGGGUCCCAAAUUAUCCCUCCGAGGGCUUCGACGUGAAUCAAGUAGACCGUCCUUCAACUAUUCAUCAUCAUCAUAAUGAUCAUCAGCAGCCAAAGCAAAAUCUGGUCCCUUAUAAUCCAAAUAGUACUACCUUCUCAUCAAGUAGUGCGGGAGUAGAUUUCAUAAUGAACCAGGAGCAAGUAACCAUUCCACACAAGCCCAAAAUUUCAUUUUACAUUUCACCCACGCCCGAGAGUACUGAUCGAGAGUACUCUAACAGUAGUACUACUGCUACUACUUAUAGUAAUUAUGCCAAGGUUGACAACGAAAACGUAGAUCUAAAAGCAGCGAACUAUAUAUCAAGUGUUCAGGAGCGUUUUAGGCUUGAACGUAUCAACUCUGAACGGAAGGCGCACUACUUUUCACAUUCUCAAGAGCCUGUGUUGCAGCUUCAGCAGUAAGCUGUAGCCUUGAUUAAUGAUUGUUAUGCACCUAUGCAAGCAUGUUAAUUAGUAUAAUCGUUUUAGCACUGUGCCUAAAGUAUUAGACUACUGUUCUUCUUAUUAGGAGUAGCGAUAUAAUUUUAAAUUACAUACUUCAUCUGAGCAAAUAUAUAUUGAUUAAAAAAAAUUGAAGUACUCCCUUUGUUCCAUUUUGUUAGCUACUAGUAUUAUUUUAUUAGUCCGUUCCAAAACAAUACUAGUAAUACAUUUAUAUAUUUUCUUAAUAAGAAACUUUUGA